AUGGGGACAGGAAAGGCAAAAAAAUACCACACGGCCAGCGACACCGCCACAGACGAAAGUUGUGACGAUGACGACGACCAAGGUAGGGAGAGCGGCGAUAUUACGACGGAUCCCGAGACCUCUGAAGGCGAGGAAGCCCAAGACAGAAAGACGCUCGACGUUGUAUCAAAAACCAGCCUUGAACAGGAUGCAGACCAAGCCGACGAGUAUGGAGAUUGGCUCUUCGAGAGCAGAGAAUAUCCAGAAUGGGUGAAAUAUCCGCAAAGUCUAUUGUGGUUGUAUGGCAACUACAGCUCAUCGAUCAUCAGAAACCUGGAAAAGACAUUCGGAAAUGACCCGAUGAAGGCCCUUGCCUCCUGGUACUUUCGCUUGGAUCAUGAGGACACAAAAAGGAUGCAUCUCCUCCUGGCAUCAUUGCUCGGGCUCACAAUGAAGUGUAAAAAGGUCCCCGACGAUGGUUUAUACGAAACACUACAUGAUUAUCAGGGCCAGGGACAGCUUCCGGAUGACAGCAUGGACCUCUUCAAUCACCUGCAGCGGUUUAUAUCCAAGGCAGACAGGGAUAUCUUCCUUGUCCUUGACGGCUUUGACCAUGUUCUCGAUCGCAGGGGCUCACGCAAGAACGAUAUCAAACGGCUUGACAUUAUCCUGAAGCUGAUACAAAAAGAGUACACCAACCUUCACGUCCUCGUAGUCAGCAAGUACGAGAAAGACAUAGCACAGGAUUUUGAGAACAAGAUCAGAGAUAUGCUGGUGUCAGUAGAUGUUGAGCAGGGAUUUGGCAAAGUUCUUGAAACAUUUGUGGAGAGGAAACUAGAGGACACUCCUGUCUUGAAAGGAGAGGACUUUCUGAAGGGCGAGGUUAAGCAGCGUCUUGGGCAUUACCAAAGCAGCCAAGGCAGCAACUUUCACUGGGCACGGUCUAUUCUCAAACAAGUCGUUUCACGAGCCAGCAGAGGUCACAGCGGAGUUGAGGAAUUGCCAGAAAACAUUGCCGCCAGGUAUCAAGAUGCGCUGGAAAAAGUGGCUGCCAACAGCGUUAAAAGGCUGAAGGACAUUCUCGUUUGGCUCAUGAAUCAAAAGCGGCCGCUCUCGCAAGCCAAGCUUGCGGCAGUGGUCAAACUUCGAAACGCAAAGGAAGUCGCAGGGAUCUGUCCAAGAGUACUUGUGGAGACGGCCACGGAGAACGAGGUGGACGUCUUUCGCUUCACUCACUUCUCAGUCCAAGAGUAUUUGAAAGACCCUUUCUCCCGAGCUCCCAAGGGGCAGGAAACCAUCAGGUCUGGGAACAUCGAGCGCCUUCUGCCGCCCCAGAAACACGACGCACACCUUCUCAUCACCAAACGCUGCUUGGAGAUCCUAUUAGCCUUCCGGCCGACGAAAACAAACAAUAAGAAAGGCGAUGCUAUCGAGAACACGUCAAGUAGCGAUAGUGAUUCGGACCGUCUUGGUUCGUCCACCUCCGGCCCCAACCGCCGCCGUGUCACUAUCGAUGCCCGCGACCACGGCUCUGACGCCUGGCGCACACAGGACACCAGUCCAGAUGAUUCAGCGCCGGACCGGCGCGCCCCCAUCAAAACAGCAAGCAGGAAGAGCAUCGAUAUUCAUAGCAACGAAGGUCAAUUCAAUGCUAUUGGCAGCGACAAAGGAUUUCCAGCCAGGCUCAAAGAGCUGGAGAACGAGAUUUGCUCCAAGCUUCUGCUAGACAAGGAGAAGAUGCGGGCUUGGCUAGAUACCUAUGAUCCUGACGGACGGGGAAACAAAAAACCACCCUCUGCUGUCUACUACGCCGUCAAGCUGGAGCUCAAUGGCAUCCUCACACAGCUUGUCGAAGAGAUCUCCAAGUUGCACACCAAUCUUCCCGCUCGACGCAGGGCCCUGGACCAGCGUGAUCUAGAGGGAACCGUUCUCCAACUGGCUGCAGUUCGGGGUGAAUCUGAUAUUAUUAACCUCCUGCUCCAACAAGGCGCUGAUGUGAAUGUGAAGAAAGGACCCCACGGACUGCGCUGUAUGCAGCUGCAGCCGAGGGUCACCUUGAAGUGGUGA